CGAAGAGAAAAAACCCCUCCUCCUCUUCUGUUCCCCUCGCCGAUGUCGCUGAGCUAUUUAAACUCCCUAAGACGGCGUUGGGCCAUAAUGUGCGACUCGGGUACUUGUUCGUGUCGUUGACCCUUUCCGAACUCUACAUACUUUAUCGCCCCCUCCUGUCGGCGGAACAUUCGGUAUGGCAGCGACAGACUGCGAUUCCCCACCAUGGAAGUUGGCCUUUCGCUCUUCUAAGACGUUCGUGACUUGGGUGGUGGCCAUUGCUUGUUUUACGGACGUUUUCAUCUAUGGCAUGAUCGUGCCCAUAUUACCGAUUGUCUUGAAAACGCGAGUCGCUGUGCCGGAUAAUGACCUACAGCAAUGGAUGUCGAUCAUGCUUGCUGCUUUCGGGGGCGGGAUUUUCUUUGGUUCUCCCAUCUUCGGAUACUUCGCGGACAGAAGCUCAUCGCGCCAGCUUCCGUUCAUGAUCGGCCUAUUCGCCCUCGGCGGGACGACCGUGGUGUUCUGGUUCGCGAGGUCGUUGUCGUCGCUGGUGAUUGCGCGGGCUCUGCAAGGUCUGUCGGCAGCUGUGGUGUGGACUGUCGGCAUGGCGCUUGUUGUGGACACGGUGGGCAAGGACCAGGUCGGGGCGGCCAUGGGAUACGUCUCUAUGGCUUUGACAGUUGGAACGGUGUUCGGCCCGUUCAUCGGCGGGAUCAUGCUCUCGCGAGUUGGGUACCAUUCGGUGUUCCUGCUGGCGAUCGCUUUGAUUGUGGUGGAUAUCAGUCUUCGUCUGGUUAUGGUCGAGCAGAAGACGGCCGCAAAGUGGCUUCCGUCAAAGACGGAAGAAUCCAGUGGUUUGCUGGGUAAGAGCACCGGUUACGGCGCUUUCAGUGAACAGGACAGUGCAAGCUCGCUGUGUCCACCUGAUGAUGUGCUCGUUGAACCGCCGGUCGAGGAUGGCAGUGAGCCCGUCUCGAGCGGGAAAGAGACGUCCGUACCGGGCAUUGUUCGGCUGAUAUGCUCUGGUAAAUUGAUGGUUGUGUUGAUGGCGACUGUCGUCGAUGCCAUCUUGUACUCCUCAUUUGACACGGUCCUUCCACUCUAUGUCAUGAAGACAUUCGACUGGGGCCCGAUGGGAAUAGGCCUGUGCUUCCUGCCCUUGUUCGCACCGUCCUUCGCGUCCCCUUGGAUCGGCGAUGCCGUCGACCGCCUCGGAGCCUUACAAAUCGCCUUCUUAGGCUUUUUGCUCGACUGUCCAACCUUUCUCCUCUUCCAGUUCGUCACUGAGAACACGGUCCAGCAUCAAGUUCUGCUAGUGGUCUUCCUCUUUCUGGCUGGAGCCGCGUCAACCCUACAGAUGGUCUCGUUGAUGGUUGAGGUGGGACGAGUCACGGAGCGAUAUGAGCGGGAAUAUCCAGGCAUUUUCGGCCACCAGGGAGGCACUGCGCAAGCAUACGGGCUGUUUAAUGUGGCAUGGUCCGGUGGGCAGGUGCUUGGGCCUCUGAUGGCGGGUCUUCUGGUUGAUCAGGCUGGGUGGGCGACCAUGGUGUUGACGUUUGGAGUGAUGAGUGGAGCGAUUGCAGUAGUAAUUGCGCUCUCGGAUCGGAAGGUAAUGAGAGGGCUAUGCAGAAGAAGAAGCUGAGGAAUGGGACUCGAUGAUACAUAUAGAUGAGACUGUACGUCAUGAUUACGGGGGAAACGAUCAGAUUUCUGGGGUCCUGGGACGGGUCAGAUUCCGAUGGCAUUGCGAGUUUACUCGGGGUGAGUGAGGAGCUAGUGACAAAUACACGGAGUUGCUAGGCUAGAGUUCUG